ACUAUUACGUUAAAUAAAUGUAUUUUACUUUUUUCAUCUAAUUGAGGUGGAAGGAAUAUAUAUUAAUAACGUUUUUUCAUUAAAUUUUUUUAAGAAAAAAUAGAUACUGCUUCACUUUCAAUUUCCUUCUAGUUAUUUGGUACAAGAAACUACUCGUAUUGAAAAUUGCAACAGAUAUGUAUAAUUUUUAAUGCGAUCUAAAAUCAAUGAGUAACGAAACAGAAGAUGCGAUGUCAAGGGAAGAAGAUAAAUGCGAAGGACUACAUCGAUCGUUAUUGGAGUGCCACCGUCGUGUACCGUCAGGUCCGGCUCGUAACUCCGCCUGUCGUCACCUUAACCACGCCUUCGCCGUCUGUCUUGUUUCUCUCGCGUGUCCUCAAGAAUCUGAGGCGGUGCGCACUCUAUGCUCCAGCGCUGGUACCGCUCUCAAGCGCCGUCAGUGUCAACAGGCUCAGCUUUCUCUCUCGUUCUGUCUCGAUUCUCACUCAAAUCCCUAAUUUAGUUCAUGCCCCAAAUUAUUAAGAAAAUUUUAAGAAAUUUCUUUUCGCUUUAUAUUUAUGAAUUUAUUAUUUUUAAUAAUAGGCUGUGUCUCAGCUUUUGUAAUUUUAUUUUAUUGUUUUUAAUUGUAAUUGGACCCCGAUGGUGAACGAAUACAGAAUGAUAAAAAAUAAAAAAUAAAAAAUAAAAACAAUUGAAUUGAAUUUUAA